UCCACCGUCGCCAUUUUGCUUAAGUCACAGUGCGCUUCUGGUUUUCUUCGAGCAGGCUCGGGUUUUUCUUGCCAUAUUCUACAAGUUUUCAAAUAUCUUUUUAAAUUUUAAACUGGUAAUUCAACACUACAUACACUGUUUACAUCAUAUGUAUGGCAGUUACAUUCACGCGUUAUAACACGAACGUGAAUACCACGGUAAUAAACGGCCGUCUGAACGCUUAGCUCACGAUUAGGUCGCUAACCGCCCAAGGUUUCGGUAGGCCUCUGUUAUGUACACGAGCUAAAAAAAGUGUUCAUCGAUUAAGCAUAAUAAUUUAAGAGUUCACAUUUUUAAACUAGAGACUAGUUAGCCCGGUUAGCUAUAAAGUCAUUUUCCUUUCCGACUGGGAGUCACGUAGUUCAUUAGCUUUGAGACACUUUUUGUAAUUCAACAGAUUUCCUUACUACUGUGGAGACUCCGUACCAGCUGUGCACUCAAGAGGCAGACCACUUCUCUACUACCUCAGGGAGGUUCCUGUAGGCCCAUAAGAGAACCAGCUGCUGGGUUUAGAGGUCGUUCUUUUUCAUCACCAGCGCGUAAAACAGCUUUACUAUGACCAGCCAUGGAGACGACUGCUACUUCUUUUACUAUUCUACCUGCAGUAAAGGAGACAGUUGUCCGUUCAGACACUGUGAGGCAGCUAUGGGGAACGAGACCAUCUGCAGCCUCUGGCAGGAGGGACGCUGCUUUCGUGCUGUCUGCAAGUUUCGCCACAUGAAAAUAACGAAAAAUCGAAAGGAGAUCCCGUGUUACUGGGAGAACCAGCCGGCAGGCUGCCAGAAGCCACACUGUGCCUUCUACCAUGAAAAGCCUCGCUACAUAGAAGGCGUCUUUGUCCAACCUGAUAAAAACGUAAAGAAGGAGGAGGAACAGCACCACGAGGAACAGACUGUCCCGGCGGCCACGGUGAACCCUCAGCUCAGAAGUGUCAAGACUGAAACUCAGGAGCCAGUGCCGAGCCCCACCCAUCCACCAGUCGUGAUUAAUCCAGCAGACGAUGAUGAGGAUGAGGACGAUCAGUUCUCAGAAGAGGGAGAGGAGGGAAAGGGUGGCCCUUCUCCUAGAAAGCUGCCCAAAUCAGACGAUUCACUGAACUUUGGAGUGAGCACGUUGGAGGAGAUCCGGCUAAGGAAAGCCCUUAAGGCCAGCAUGAAGAGGGCCGGUUACCCCCUCCAGACAACCGAAACAUCCACCAAUGUGGAGAAAGAAAACAUCCAGACGUUUUUUCGACCAGAUGUAUUUGACUCAAGAGAUGAGCCUGGGGGAGCCAGAGUUAGUGUGACUAAAAGACUUGGGAGAAAGAUUAACAGCACUGAUCUAAGAAGUGCAGAAGAUGUCCCCCUGAAAAGGAGCCUGGCUAGGCGUUUGGGUAGGGUCGUGGAUGUGGACCAACCAUUUCUGCCCCCUCAGAAAGCUCUCAAACCUGUAAAGGAAAGACUUGGAUUGCUUUGUGAUCCUGUUGCACCCACUCAACCAUCUGAGAGCAGUGCGGUGUCACAGAAGGUUCCUGAGCUUAUCCACAUAAAGACUCUGGAGGAGAUCAAACAGGAGAAGGCAGUGAGGUCCCAGCCUGACAACCAGAAAAACACCAGAGCCACAGAAGUCACCGAGAGCAAAGCCAGCAGUGGAACAAAGCGAGCCAUCGCCAUGAAUGACACCUCCACCUGCAAUGUCAAAACAUUUUCUGAGAUUCUUCACAACAAGAAGAAAAGACAAGAGGAGGAACUGGAACAGAAGCCCUGCGCUGAGGUCAAUCACACAGCAGAGAGAGAUCAGGGCAACAGCCACGAGGAGGCCGACACAGCUGGGCCUGAGGUCACCAACGUGGGCCAGAUUAGAGUAAAGACCCUGGAAGAAAUCCGCAUGGAGAAGGCAGCAAGGAGUCAGCUCAAGCAGGCAGUGGACGCUGAAAACAGGAAGAGGUCUUAUACUGAGGAGAGCAGUGCCAAGAAGCCUCGCCUGCUGCGCAUUAAGAAGCUGGCCCCCCAAACAAGCAGCAUCACAGCAGAGAAGACAAACAAGCCACACAGUCCAUCUCCUGAAUCCCAGACCAGUAACAAUAUCAAGGUGAAGACCUUUGAGGAGAUCAUGCGGGAGAAACGCCUUCGAAAGCAGGAAAUGUUGGAACAAGGCAAAGUGGGAGAACCUGACACAGAGCCUUCUCAGAAUCAGAAUGCCAGCGAUACCCUCAAAAAGAAGGCUCCUUCAUCACCGUGCUCCUCCUCGCCUUCCUCCAAAACUCCACGUGCCGGUUCCACCGAAAGAGUUCCUGUUCGCAAGCUGAUUACUCUCAGGUCUACGGCUGCAUCACCUGGAAACAGUGUGGCUGCUCCUGAAACAACAGCUGCUGUUGUUACUGUGCAGAGCUCUUCACCACAGCAGGCUGGGACAAAGUCCAGCUCCAGGGUAGCUCCAGGCAAGAAGACGCAGGUCGCCACUGCACUGUCACCAGUCAAGCAGCCUCAUGUGACAGGACCCUCUACUGCUGAGGAAACAAUGGACACGAAUCAGAAGGAGUCCCCAGAGCACACUGCAGACACCAAAGGGAGACCGAAACUGAAUGUGAAACCAUCUGUGAUGAAGCCUGCAGUGCUGGUUAAGCCUGGCCAGAGGAGGCGGGGAGCAGAACAGUCUGCUGUAGUUGCUGUUAAACCUCUAAACAGCCCUUCUGCACUGAGUGAGGAGCCACAGCAGGAGCCACGAAACAGUGACAGACAUACUCUCCCAUCCACCGGCGUGGAUACUCCACGGAGCUCUGCUGCGCCCCACAGUCACUUCACCCAGCUGGAGUCUGGCUCCAGUUCUAGCCCAACAGGAGAGGAGCUUCAGACCGUCCCAGUCUUCAAACAGAGUCUAGGCCAAGAACACAGUCUGCUCAUCAGUGGUGCUACCACCAGGGAGUCCUGCACGGUGCCCCAAAGCUCAGUACAGAAGACACCCUCUCAGCCCAGAUCAAGGAGGCUCAGCACCGCAGCAUCCCGGGCUGCCUCCACCUCUGCCAUGGAUGACUUCGAGGAGCUGAUCAAUGAGUUUACUGACGACCACCUUGAUGGUGAUGUGGACCCCAGUAUCGGAGAGGACGACCUGCUGCAAGAGCUUUCUGAAAUGAUUGACAGCUGAGAGGACACAAUCAGCAGUCCGCCCCCGAGUCUCUCUGGGUUGUGGGACUUGGCUCCAUAGUAGAUGUUGGGCUAUUUAGAUGUAUUUCGUUCUUAAAAUAUAACUUUUUUUUUUUAACCUAUGAGUCCAUAUGUUGCUCUUUACAUUUUCAUCAUCUUCUCUCAAAGACGGUCCUCUGUAAUUUCCUCUUCACGUGAAUAUUUGAUGAUGGAGGAAUUACUGUGCAGGGCCUCAGUCCUCUUCAUCAUGUGUGUUUAUGAUCCCACUCCAACAAAAGCUGUUGUGUUAGAGAUGUGCUUACCACCAUCCCAGGUUUGUGUGGAUGCUGUUCAUUUAGAGAGAAGUUAUAUCUGUAUACUGUGUAUGCAACAGAACUAUGUGUUUGUUGUUCUGUGAGUGGACGAGCCUGUUCCCACAUUGUGACAUUGAUGAAAUAGAUCAGUUUGAUUUCAGGACUCUGUCACAGAACCUAUGGGGAGUUUAGGGUCAAGUCAUCAUUUAAAUUAAUUUAUUGGAAAGGCGUGUGUGCAUUCAUUCACAUGUGAUCGAGUGUAUCCCCUGCCUGUGACUGUCCUCAGCUUAUAUAUGUUUUAUUAAUGUGUGCAUUUCUUUCAUCACUUAUGUUUAGUAGUGGACGUCCUUUUAACCCAGAACAGUUGGUGUCACCGUGUAAGAACUGUCGUUUGUUAUUUAUGAACAGCUCAGGGACUGUUUCACAUGUUUCUAUGUUCUUUAUACAAUAAAAAAAGAAACGGGGGGGGGGGGGCACUUUGAUUUUAGCAGUACUGCCUACAUGUUUUUGUUUGGUCUGUUAGUAGAUCAGCUUACUUUCUCUGUCCCGACCCUCUCACACAGGCUGACUAUUCAGAGUGAUUUGUACAUUUACUGUGUAAAUAAAAAUUAUUUUGAACUAA